AUGCGGAGCACCUACCAGAGCGACGGAAACAUCGACGGCACAGACGCCGACCAGGGCGACGGAAACGCCGGCGCGGAGCGGAUCGGCGAGAGCGACGGAAAUCGAUAUCGACCGCGGCUCUUCAGCUGGGCCUGGAUCAGCACCGCAGCCGCCGCCUGCGCCUGCAGCUCGCCCGGCGCGGGCGCGCCCGAGUCUGCGGGCAGCCCCGUCGACGCCAUCCUCAGCAGCUCCAACGACACCCCGACGACUUCCUCGCUCUCAGAGCAGCUGCACCCCGGCGGGGAAGUGCUCGCGCUGCGGAGCAGCGGGGGUGGGGGCGGGGGGGCGCGCGAGGGUGGGGACCACCGGUGCCUCCGACAGAUGCCGGCGCAGGGCGGUCCGAAGACGCCCAUGGGCACCUCGGCGCGCCCAUGCGCCGGCGAGUCCUUCCCCGGCACCGACAUCGACGAAUGCUCGAACCACCCCUCCGAAGAACGGAUGUUCGUGCUGCGGAGCGCUCGGGCGGACCAUCCAGGGGUGCAGCUGCCGCGGGGGCCAGCGUCUGAGGGCGGAAGUGGAGUGGGUGCGGAGCCAGGCAGUGGCAUUGCGCUGGCGGCGUCUGAUCAACCAGGCUACCUCGCCGGAGAUCGAGGACGGACGAAAGUCCCCGGCGGAGGUGCUCGACGACUCAGACCUCCAGGAAGCGGGCGCGAGAAGGAAGCGAUAAAGCAGCUGGACGAGCAGGAUCUCAAUAUUCUCUUCGAAGGACACGACAAGGCCAGCGACGCGAUCUACAGGGGCAUCGCCGAGGACGUCUCGGAGCUGAACAGACCCUUCCGCGUCGACCUCGCGGAGGUGCGCUGCCCGGGUUGCCCCAGCUUGACCCGAGCCGUGCAGGGGCAGGGCGGCAAUAUCUAUAGGUGCGGCUACUUCAAUGGGAUAGAUAUGGCGACGGCGAUGCGCGAACAGAUGCGCGACACCGUGAUGCAUGGUUGUGUGCAUGCCCUUCGCGAGGACCGAUCAGGUCUUCUAAUGAAAAAGGCCUGGCGCAUUUUUUUUGCCGACCUGGAGUCCGGCGCGACGCUCGGCGGGGCAUGCUCCGACCGCCCCGGCAGGGGCGACAGCCGCCCUCGUCGGGCCAUCGAGGACGGCCAGGUGGUAGCGCAGAUUGCAUGCUACCUUCCAGCGCCGUGCAAGGCUUGGGCGAAGCACAUUAUACGGAAGGGCGCGAGCGCCCACUGCGGCGCGGAGAUCUACUCGGGCCUGGGGCAGGCAACCCUCGAAGGCGGCCUUCCCCCCGACGAGCUCGAAGAGAUGGGCGAGGACGAGGUCAUGAGAGGCCUCGGAAUCUUCGGGGCACCAACCAAGAAGGAGGAGGUGGAGAUCGAGCAGCGGCUGGCGAGGUCCUUCGACUCGCUCUACGUCUUCAACGUCAUGGGAGUGCUCGAAGUCCUGGCUUCGGACGAGCUCGAGUGGCCCUCGCCGAAACAGGACAUCUUCACGAUGGCGCUGAACCUCGACUGGGGGCCCAGACUCACGAGCGCCACCUACCGCGGAGAGAAGGGCGAACGGAGCGGCAACAGGUCGACGUCCGAGGAGCUGAUUCACUGGGCCGUGGCCGCCGCCAACAGCAUGGACAAGGUCGGCAAUCCUUCCCCAUUCGAGCACGUGGUGGGCGUGACAG